CCGGAAGCCGCCUGAUCGUAAGAGCGUCGGGUGCGGGAGCGCCUUCUCUCCGGUGCCGGCGGUUCGCUCGGCGUGGGCUCGGCCCAGCCCUCCCCUCCCUUCAGUACCGGGUGGUCGUGUGGCCUGGUCUCGUCUUGAACGUGACCCUUCUGUCGCGGGUGCCCGCAGAUUGUGGCGCGGGCCGCGGAAGUGCUAAGAGCCGGUCCUGCGGUGGGAGCGAUGGCCGCAGGGAAGCACCCUGCCGUGCUGGGCUCCGGGAGUCCGCGCAAGCCUUGGCGACUGCCCGCCGACGGACACUCCGCGCCGGGCUGCUACCUGAGGUAAAUUUUUCCAUAACCUUAUGGAGAAAAAGGACUUUGAAGCAUGGCUUGAUAACAUUUCUAUUGCAUUUCUUUCUCUGACGGACUUGCAGAAAAAUGAAACUCUGGAUCACCUGAUUAGCUUGAGUGGAGCAGUCCAGCUCAGGCACCUCUCCAAUAAUCUAGAGAUUCUCCUCAAGAGGGACUUCCUCAAACUUCUUCCAUUGGAACUUAGUUUCUAUCUGUUAAAAUGGCUUGAUCCGCAGACCUUACUCACAUGUUGCCUCGUCUCUAAGCAGUGGAACAAGGUUAUAAGUGCCUGUACAGAGGUGUGGCAGACUGCUUGUAAGAAUUUGGGUUGGCAGAUAGACGACUCUGUUCAGGAUCCUCUACAUUGGAAGAAGGUUUACCUAAAAGCUAUUUUAAGGAUGAAGCAACUGAAGGACCACGAAGCCUUUGAGACAUCCUCUUUAAUUGGACACAGUGCCAGAGUAUAUGCACUUUACUAUAAAGAUGGACUUCUGUGUACAGGAUCAGAUGACUUGUCUGCAAAACUGUGGGAUGUAAGCACAGGUCAGUGCAUAUAUGGUAUCCAGACACACACUUGUGCUGCAGUGAAGUUUGAUGAACAAAAGCUUGUAACAGGAUCUUUCGAUAACACAGUAGCCUGUUGGGAAUGGAGCUCUGGGGCAAAGACACAGCAUUUUAGAGGACAUACUGGUGCAGUUUUCAGUGUGGAUUACAAUGAUGAACUUGAUAUUCUGGUCAGUGGCUCUGCAGACUUCACUGUGAAAGUAUGGGCCUUAUCAACAGGAACGUGCCUGAAUACCCUUACUGGACACACAGAAUGGGUCACUAAGGUCGUUUUGCAGAAGUGCAAAGUCAAAUCACUUAUGCAUAGUCCUGGGGAUUAUAUUCUCCUAAGUGCAGAUAAGUAUGAAAUCAAGAUUUGGCCUAUUGGAAGGGAAAUAAACUGCAAGUGCUUAAGAACACUGUCUGUUUCUGAAGACCGAAGCAUCUCCCUACAGCCCAGACUGCACUUUGAUGGUAAAUACAUAGUGUGCAGUUCAGCACUAGGAUUAUACCAGUGGGACUUUGCCAGCUAUGAUAUUCUCAGGGUUAUCAAACCUCCAGACUUCUCAAAUGUGUCGUUGCUGGGCUUUGGAGAGAUAUUUGCUCUACUGUUUGACAACAGAUACCUGUAUAUAAUGGACUUGAGGACAGAAAAACUGAUAAGCCGCUGGCCUUUGCCAGAAUAUAGAAAGUCAAAGAGAGGUUCAAGCUUUUUGGCUGGUGAAAUGUCUUGGUUAAAUGGACUAAAUGGCCAAAAUGAUACGGGCUUGGUUUUUGCCACCAGUAUGCCAGACCAUAGUAUCCAUUUGGUGUUAUGGAAAGAACAUGGCUGAAAAGCUCACACAUACAGAAUCUUCAGGAAUAUAUGGCCUAUCGGCAGUGUGUCCGUAAAACAAGACUUUGCAUGAACCAAAGUUGCACACCCAAUGGUAUCAUCAUGCAAUGCACAAUCAUUUACUUUUAUUUGGGCAUUUGGGAAUGGGUUGUUUUGGACAUAAUGCAAUGCAGCAUGCUAACAGUAUUCACCACAAAUUUUUGUCUAUAUUCAUGUUUAAAUAUACCUAUUUGGGCUCUGAAGUAUAGCUUGUAAUGUUUAAACCAUUCAAAUCUGCUAUCAAGUCUGAAAUCAAGUUGUGCUUGACCUGACUUUGGACCUUUUUUUUGUUGUUGAAACAGAAGGUGAAGCUAGUAUUUUAGAACCAUAGGCUUUUGUACGUGUAACAGCAAAUAGUGGUUACAGUGCAUGGCUGCUUAACAAAAAUGAGAAAAUAGCAAACCCUUUCUCUCUCCAGAAUCAUUCUCUUCAAAAUGUUUUUCCAUACGGUAGCUUUAAAAACCUUUGAAACAGAAGAAUUAAAUGAGUCCUUUAAAUAGGAUCAGAUACCUGAUCAUUCAAGUUCAGGAAUAUGUCAGUACGAUCUGUCCUCAGCAAGAGUGAUGCACCUUUUCAUCUAUCUGAUAGAGCUUGUGAUUGGAGAACCUCUGACAUAUUCAUCAUCCUUGCUAACAGUAACUCAGAAUGGCUUGAUUGGUAUUUUAUAGUCCUUAUUUCCUAGAGUUUGUGUUAAAACAUAAUUUAGUUCACAUGAAGGGGAAGAUGAUUUUCAGUCUUUACAGAGAGUCGCUUUCUUACAUUAAAUGAUGUCUACCAGCCACUCACUUUCUCCAAAAGUUGCAGUUAAUGUAUUGAAAACAGUUGCUAAAUCUAGAGUUGAAAAGCAGGGGCAAAUGACAGAAUGCCACGUGUCUGGAGAAAAAACAAAACAAGAGUCUGAAGAAAAGCACAAGGGUAGAAAAAAGUCUUAUUGAUCAUCUGAUGAUGAUCUGAUGAUAAUUGCUGGGUAGCAAAUACUUGUCCAUGUACUUUUGUGCUAUUUGACACGUACUUAAAAGCUGUUACAUCACAUGCUUUAGAAAUGCUUUAGGUUGAUCCCUUCCCUUCC